CCCUGAGUCUAUGUUUGAGGUGUAUGUGGAGGUGGUACAUCCAGGGACAGCAGGUUCAGAUCCAGAGGUGCGCAGGACAUUCCCAGAGGAGUACACUGACCAGGAGAGUCUUCAGACCCUGCCUAAGUUCUGUUUCCCCUUCACUGUGGACAGUCUGUGUGUGGGGCAGGUUGGGCAGAACUUUACCUUUGUUCUGACUGAUAUUGAGAGUAAACAGAGAUUUGGAUUCUGCCGUCUGUCAUCUGGAGCACAUAGCUGCUACUGCAUUCUGAGUUAUCUUCCAUGGUUCGAGGUGUUCUACAAGUUGCUGAACAUCCUGGCCGACUACACUAUCAAAGGCCAGGACAGUCAGUGGAAGGAGAUGUUGGAAUCCCUUCACUCCAUGCCUAUCCCUGAGCCAGGAGAUCCUGUUCAUCUUAGUGUGCAUUCCUUUUUCAGAGUGCCUGACAUUAGGGAACUUCCCAGCAUUCCUGAGAAUAGAAACCUAACAGAGUAUUUUGUAGCCGUAGAUGUCAAUAACAUGCUCCAUCUGUAUGCUAGUCUGCUUAACGAACGACGAGUCCUCAUCUGCUGUAGCAAACUCAGCACUUUAACAGCAUGUGUCCAUGGAGCAGCGGCCAUGUUGUAUCCCAUGUACUGGCAGCAUGUUUAUAUCCCUGUGCUCCCACAGCACCUCAUAGACUACUGCUGUGCACCCAUGCCCUACCUCAUAGGAGUCCACUCCAGUUUAAUGGAGAGGGUGCGCAGCAUGGCUCUAGAUGACGUUGUGGUUCUGAAUGUGGACACUAACACACUGGAGAGUCCAUUUGAUGACUUGCAGAAUCUCCCUAACGAUGUGGUAUCUUCGUUAAAGAGCAGGCUGAAAAAGGUGUCUACCACAACAGGAGACGGAGUGGCCAGAGCCUUUCUCAAAGCACAGGCUGCUCUGUUUGGCAGCUACAGAAAUGCCCUGCACAUAGAACCGGAGGAACCAAUCACAUUCAGUGAAGAAGCCUUCAUCACACACAGGUCAAGUGCUAUGAGACAGUUCCUACAGAAUGCCAUUCAGUUACAGCUCUUUAAACAGUUUAUAGAUGGCCGUUUGGACUUGUUGAAUUCUGGACAGGGCUUUAGUGAUGUGUUUGAAGAGGAGAUUAACAUGGGAGAAUAUGCAGGCAGUGAUAAGACAUAUCACCAGUGGCUGCUGACAGUAAAGAAAGGCGGUGGAGCCAUUUUCAACACCAUGAAGACCAAAGCUAACCCAGCCAUGAAAACCGUCUACAAGUUUGCCAAAGAUCAUGCUAAAAUGGGUAUUAAGGAGGUGAAGAGUCGUCUAAAACAGAAGGAACUGACUGAGAACGGUGACUCUGCCUCUGGAGAUGACGCCAACCGCCUCGCCCACUCCCCCUCCUCUCACAGAAAGGAUUCCAACACCUGGGAUGAGAGGCGGCCAAUCACAGUGCACUUUGGACAGGCUCGUCCUCCCAGGCCGUUGGUAGCCAAGAGACCUCGCAGCAACAUCGGACUUGAAGGAAGCCCUGAACAUUAUGUGCGUCCUACACGUCACUACACGGUAUUUCUGUCUGAAGACUCCUCCGGCGACGAACUCUCACACGAAAGCGACUCCAUCACAGUUUUUCCUGAAAACUUCCUCCUCUCCACACCUUUCGAAUGGCCUCAGCCGUACAGGUCCUUGAAGGAGGCGGACCUUGGUGAGAGAGAGGAUGAGGAGGGUUCGGGAGUGGAGCGUAUCCAGGGUCACACGGCUCCUCCGAGCCCAGUAUCAGAGCGUGUGAGUGAUAUGAACCUACUGGGUGACUUGUUUAGUAGUGGCCAGGAGGGGGAUUCAGAGAGUCAACAGCACAGCCUGGCCAGGAGUCUGGAGGAGUUACGAAUCACUGCAGACACCAAUCAACAGCAAGCCAAAUUCAGCUAUCAGAGAAUGGAUUUGAGUAGCAGUGAGCGCACACGGACGCUGCCCGGCCUCAAACACUCCAACCCUUACAACAAGCUCUGGAGCCAGGGGCAGGAUGACAUGGCUCUACCCAGCCGUGAGUCUCCGACCUGGGAAAGACCUCUGUCCGUGCCCCCGCUGGAUCCUCCAGAACCACGACCCGCAAGCCGAGACAGUGUGGGUCCCACCCAAGAAAAACCUGAGCUGGGAAACAUCACCAUCCCACGCCCUCAGGGCAGAAAGACACCAGAGCCAGGGAAGGUUCUGGCACCACCUGUGCCGGUUCCUAGGGGUUAUAAACUGGAACAGAAGGAAGGUGGCAUCAGCGCAGGGGGGCAAGAGUUUCGGCAGGCGUUAAACAUGUCCCCCCUUCUGACCUCCCAGCAAGCAGACAAUACUGACCUUCUGAAAUCGGCGCCGUCUGGUUCAGAGGAGGUGGACAUCCUCAGUUUAUUGGACCCUCUCAGUGGCUCAUCCACGACAACGUCAGAGAAAGACCACGCCUUCUCCAAACCAGCCCUGCCCCCUCGACCCUUCCCCUCCUCUCUGCCCCCUUUUCCACCGCAGGCAUCUCUGAAUCCUUUCACCCAAUCGGUACCGUACCCCACCAAUAGACACUACGCCCCCUCUGGAGGAGGGAAUCCUUUCAGCUCUGCUUAUGUGCCUCCAGGCUCCACCUAUUUUCAUACACAGACACCCCCUCUUUCUGUGCCUGUGGGGGUGUUCACACAGCCCUCUCCUUUGGGUAAUAUCAGACCUGCUUUCCCCCCUUCCCGACCACCUCCCUGCUCCAAUAGCAGCGGAGCUCUCUCCAGCCUGUUAGACUCCACACCCCCUCUGUCAGCGUUGCCACGGCCAAUCACAGAGCCAGACGGUACUGGCAAGAAGGCCGAGCAAUCUCAGGAUCCGUUUGGGGAUUUACUGGCUUUAGCCACACCCACUGUGUCAGCCACACACCCUAAAAGGAGAGUGGAGGACCUGAGAAGGAAGUGGGAAACUUUUGACUAGCUCCACCCCUUUUCUGCUCUUUCCUGAUGAGACUGACCAAUGAGGGGCACCACUGGUGUGUAAGAUGACCAGUAGAAAGCCCAGGGGCAGUAAAAUUGAAUAUGCCCCUGCUGGCCUGGAACUUUAUGCUACAUUUUCAUGUUUCUGCACUGAGCUUUCCUCUGGCUAUUACUUAACAGUACAUGUGCACACACGCACAGACACAGACACACACACACACAUACACACACAGGUAAGAAAGUAUCACAGUGUAACACAUGUGCUUCUGUUUUAUACCUGAAGCUGCUUAGAGUGCCCUCUGUAGGAAGUAAAAAGUGUAUGUUACUGGUGCUGCUGUAGGUAUGUGUUAGUGCUGUUUUGAUGUGUGUGUGUGUGUGAGUGCGUGUGUGUUAGUGCAGCAGCCAGUUCUAGCUUCUUCUGUGCUAGUGUCUGACUCCAUGGUGACGUGUAACCAAGUGUCCCCCGCACACACACACACACACACACUCAGAGUCUCUGUAGAGGCUCCCCCCUGUACAGUGUUUUACUGCUACAUGCUUUAUUUUUAGCCACCGCCUUUUGACUUGAGACCAGCCACCUGUUCUGAGGAUGGAGAUUUGUCUUCUGUUUUAUUUUGACUUCACUGACCUGUCAGACACUAUGAUUAAUCCAUUUGUGUGCGUGUGCGUGUGAGUGUGCGUGUGCGUGUGCGUGUGCGUGUGUGUGUUGCUUUCUGUCCUGACUCACUCAUGACUGUUACUGUUGUGUAUCCCUGUUUAUCAGAGAGAAAUGACCAGUUGUGUGUUGUGGCUUUUAUUGUGUUGGCUUGCAUUGCUACCUGCUGGUCUGGUCAUAUCUAACCUGGUGUCAGUCAGCGGUGAACCGGUUGCUGAUUCUACUGCAUUACUGCCCCCUACGGGUUGGAGGUUCUUCAAGUCAGUAUGGCCUUGGUCAUGUUCACUAGAGCUUAAUACUAAGAGAGAGAUCUACACCAGUAUGUGUGUAUGUGGGAGAGAGUCCAUAUCUGCCGAUAGCAUUGUUUUUAGUGUCCUGACUCUGAGACAUAGCCAAAAACUGUCACAUUUCAGAUGGCAUCAUCUUUUUAUGGUUUAAAUUCUGAAUACAGUGAGAAUACAUUUGUUCACUGUGUAUUUAUUAGCUCUCUACAGCUCUGUACGUCUUUUAAGGAGGGUUGUACCCACACGGUAAAGGACAAAGUAAGCAGUAAAAACCUUUAUUCUCUCUUCCCCACAUAUAGAAUGCUGCUACCACACACACACACACAUACACAUAGGUCUACUGGCUCAAGCUAAACUCUAACAAGAUGAUCAAGGACAUCCUUUUGUAUCCAUACAUGCCAGCCUUUAUCAAAGACAUCCAAAAACACUUUACUUCAUACCCUGUUUUUUGUUGUUUUGUUACAUGAAAUUGAAGUUGUUUGCAGUGAACUGAAUAAAUCUAUACACUAUGUUCCAGGUGAAGUCAGGGAACACUAAAAAUUCAGCUCUUAAAUUACUCAUGUGGAACUCAGCAAACGCCACCAAACAAAAUGAAAUGCACCACAGAAAAUGGAGAAUUCCAAUGGUUUUCCAAACAUAAGAGUAGUCAUUCUAAUGACAUCACACCCAGCACAGAGAGCAGGUCCAAACUGAAUCCUAGGGAGUCAUAUCUUGAGAGUCAUAUAUUGAGAGUCAUUCGUUGAGAGUCAUAUCUUUGGAGGCUGGAUCAGACCCAGUGUAGAAGUUCUUCCUUUGAGGUUUGAAUGUGGUCAAUGUUGUAGGUUAUGCUUUACUUAAAAAGAUUCAUAAUCAGGUGAAUAUUUCAGCCUCACACUGAUAGUUUCAGGAGUUGUUCUUUUAGUAAAAAUAGACAUUCUUAGCUCUGUUUAUCAGGUGAAUAGGGUGUUGUAUUUGCAAUCGAAUCAAAAGUAGCUUUACUGUGUAUCCAAAGAAAUGUAGGACAGUGAAUAUUUGUACUCUGUAGAUGUAAGGUAUGGAGGAUCAUAUUCAGCCAUUGUAGUUGUAGUUAGAUAAGUAAAUUGAUAAGGUGGAUAUUAACUUGGUUGUGUCUUAAAGUAGUAGAGUAAAAAAAAGUCAUCAAAGAACAACUUUGACCACAAAUGCCUGCGAUGUUGCAUUCUCUGUAGAAUGAUGUUCAGAUCUGACAUAGCUAUAGGCUGACCCUAGAAGUUAAAAUAAGACUUAGAGAUCAAGAAGUAACACCUGUGUUAUCCAACGUAAAAUAUCUGAAAGUGGUCUUUGUGCAGUACCUGAAUCAAAGCACACCCUACACAUACUGGAGAUACAUUACACACUCUAUCUGAAGUUGCCUUACACUAAAGAAUACCCAUGAGUUACAGGUUCUCCUGGGAAAAAUAUAGCCCAAGUUCUCGUGUGAUGUUUAUCAGAGUAGAAUUACCUGAGUUCUCAAAGCCAGUCUUUAAAAUUCCUUUCAGGACUGCAACUCCAAGCAAUAGUGUGCCUGUGUUAGGUUAACCUGCAUAUCAGUUGGAUCAGGAAUUCUUAUAAUAUCUAUGGCAACAGUGAAAUGUUUUAACUGACAUAUGAACAAACAGCCUGAUCGUCUGUGUUUUAAGAUAAUCGUAAGAAUAUGAAGUUCCAUUUGAAUCAGUAUUUGGGGAGAGGCCUUGAAAAGCUCAUAUAGAGAGUUUAAUAUCCUGCAUAUCCUACUCACUGCCCCCUGCC